UUAUGGGCCUACGGUAAUCCAGUGAACACGACGCUCCACCGCUUAUCACGAAAUCCUUAUCUUUGAUCUCUUCUCAUCAGUUUGUCAUCUUCUUCCUCUGCACAACAAUUCCCAUAUCUUUUUAUCUCCGUCACUCGUCCAAUAAUUUCCUUCCUUCUUUUAAUACCCUUCAUCGCCCCCUUUUUUUUCACUCUCUUUCAGAUUCAAUUUGGGUGGUUCCUUUUGCUCUACUCUUCAAAGGGUUCCCAUCUUUCCGAACAAACCCUCGAGAAAAUCUCUGCGCUGAACGCUCCACUUUUGGAGGAUUCUUGAUGGGUUUGGUUUCAGUUUUCUGGGAGAUUUUGAGCAAACCGACGAGUGGGGAUGUGUUGAGCGAGAUACUGGUUUUCAUAGUUCCUUUGUGGGUUGCUGUGAUUGUUGGGGUUUUAGUUGGCUGGGCUUGGAAGCCGAAAUGGGCGAAUUUAGGCAGAGAAAUCUUCAUGGAUUGUUCUGCUUCUAAGGAUUCAACUGCUUCGUCUUCAGAGUCAGCUUCUACUGGUUUUGGUCCGCUUCCGAGCUUGAAUUUGAUGAAGCUUCAGCUGCCCAGUUGUUUCUCUUGGAGUUCAGAUGAUGUGGUUCAAAAGUUCCCUUUGUCUCGUACUCUUCAUUCUAAUUGCAGUUCUUCAGAGGGUGGGAAGGAAAAUCUGGGUUUUCUGACCGAUGAGGAUUUAGGGUAUUUGUUUAAAUUAUCUGAAGAAAAAGAUGGAGGUCCUGCUUGGAUUCAUAUGAUGGAUAAAUCGACACCGACUAUGUCUUAUCAGGCUUGGCAAAGAGAUCUUGAUAUUGGUCCUACGCAAUACCGGAGCCGGACUGUUUUUGAUGAUGCCACACCUGAGAUGGUUAGGGAUUUCUUUUGGGAUGAUGAAUUCCGAGCGAAAUUGAAGUGGGAUGAAAUGCUUCUUAGUGCUGAAACUUUGGAGUCGUCUCCCACUGAUGGGACUAUGGUGGUCCAUUGGGUUCGCAAGUUUCCCUUCUUCUGUAGCGACAGAGAAUACCUGAUAGGUCGUCGAAUUUGGGCGUCUGGGCGGACAUAUUACUGUGUUACAAAGGGAGUGCCAUAUCCCUCUGUUCCUAGAAAAAACAAACCUAGGCGUGUUGAUUUGUACUUUUCAAGUUGGCGCAUUCGUGCAGUUGAAUCAAGGAAAGGGGACGGUCAGCUGAGUGCGUGCGAGGUGUUACUUUUUCACCACGAAAAUAUGGGUAUACCGUGGGAAAUUGCGAAGCUUGGGGUCAAGCUAGGCAUGUGGGGAACGGUCAGGAGAAUCGACCCUGGCUUACGUGAAUAUCAGAAGGAAAGAGCAUCAGGAGCAUCUCUAUCUCAUUGUGCUUCCGUGGCUCAUAUAAACACUGAAGUAAUCACAGACUAUCUGAGAUCCUUGGAAAGCCACGACGACGACUCAUCCGAGCUUGAAACACAUAAUUCAUCAGAGAAGCCCUCGGGGAAGAACAACAUUCCUAAACUCGUAGUUGUUGGUGGGGCCAUUGCAAUCGCCUGUAUCCUCGAUCGAGGGCUCUUGACCAAAGCAGUUAUAUUCGGAGUAGCCCGAAGGUUUGCAAAAAUAGGAAGAAGGUUAUAAUCCCAAAUAGUUUUGUCCAUCAUCCUGACACCCUA